CGGGUGGAGGCGCUAGCCAGGAGCGAGCGCUCAGCAAGGAGCAAGGCAGGGUCACCCGCGCGGACUGCAGUGCAAAGCGACAGUCACCAGGGCCAGCACCUCGCAGCAUCUCUGCCACGCACGUCGGCGAGCAACCUCUCCAUGAAGCCGCCCUCAACUCAGGGCAGCCCUGCGGCGGCCGCGGCCGCAGUCCCGGCCAUGGACUCAGCGGCUGCUGCAGACCUGACGGACGUGCUGUGCGAGUUCGACGCUGUGCUGGCCGAUUUUGCAUCGCCCUUCCAUGCCCGCCACUUCCACUAUGAGGAGCACCUGGAACGCAUGAAGCGGCGCAGUAGCGCCAGCGUCAGUGACAGCAGCGGCUUCAGCGACUCCGAGAGUGCAGACUCGCUAUACAGGGACAGCUUCAGCUUCAGUGAUGAGAAACUGAAUUCUCCAACAGACUCCACUCCAGCUCGGCUCACUUCCACUGUUACUCCUCGGAAAGCCAAAUUAGGUGACACGAAAGAGUUGGAAGACUUCAUUGCCGAUCUUGACAGAACAUUAGCAAGUGAGUACAUGCUUAGUGUGUAAAACAUUACUUGGAAUACCGAACCACACCUUUGAUACUGUGCUGUGAUGUUUCCCAGCUCACCUGGGGUGGGGCGGGAAGUUACACCAUAAGCUGCUCUAGGUGUAGAAACAGGAUCUCAGUAGCUCAGAAAGCAGCUUGGAGGAUAAGUUUAUGGGACAGUAGCCUGAGUUGCUUUCCCAACUGUGCAAACAUGUCAGCAGCAGACAAUGGCAUGUUGUUUAGGAAAUGGAGAGAGAACUUUGCUGUGGGAAUGGCUUUCCAGUUCUGAGAGAAGGAACGAGCUGAUUGGUCACACACACAUCCCUCCAGCAAGCCAGCCAGAGGGGUCUGGCCCCUCAGAGUGAUUCCCCAGGUUUGAUGCAAGGGCCUGGUGAGACUUACAAAGAUUUAAGUGUCAAAGAGAAGUGUCUGGGAUACUCAAGCUAGCUCCCCAGUGACCCAGAUUCAGUGGGCAGAUAUGUGCUUCUAAUUUGGGAUUACACUAUUGGUUAUCCAUUCUGUGUGGCCCCAAACUGAAGACAUCAGGUCAAAAUUGCAACACUUUUGGGGUUAGUGGCCGGGGUGGGGUGGGAUUGGAGAAAAGAACUGUCACACUCUUAUCUGUGGGCUCUUCUUCAAAAGGACAAGAUUGCAGGAGGCAGGGACCCCAGUUCCAGCUUGUGGGGUUGUUGGCCUCAGUAUCUCUUCUUACAGGGACUUGCCAAGCCUUGGAGAAUUUUUCUUCUGGCUUCUUAAUUAUUUUGUGAAGGUGAUCAUUUUUCUGUAAGAAGUACUGUGUUUUUACUCUGCCAAAUAGGUAAAAUCUAAAAAUUUAGAUAAAGUUUCAACAGUCUACUUAAAAUAGCCAGGGUUUUAACGCUCUCUCACUCUGUAUUUGCUUGAUGGUAUUAUUGCCCCCUUUUCUGUCAUGUUGUAAGAUCCUAGAGUACUCUAAUUGCAGCCCAAUUUGUAUUAGGCCCAUGGCACAAGCCUGUCUACUUUAUGCAAAUUGCAGCUGGCCUCCUCAUUCCAGUUAGCCAGACAUACUGCACGGGAAGCCUGCCAUUAACUUUGCUUUUGAUGCUGGUCUGAGACCAUGUGAUGUGGUUAAGCUUAGGGAUUAUGAGCGGCUGGCAGGGCUAACUAACCCUAUCUCUCCUUUCCAGGUAUGUGAAGCAAGGAGUUCGGGGUCCUUAGGCCACAAGAGUGAAACUCACGAAGGCUCUAAGCCCCCUGGAUCUGAUGCAGGAGGGGACAAAGCUGAGGCUCACCCUAACAUCUGUUGGGCCCGUCUCUGGGCAACUCAGACAGUAAAACUGACUUUGUUCGCCUGUAGUGUAUUUUUAGCAGAUGAUCUAUCUAAUGUGUUUCUACUCCUUAAACAUAGCUCUUCUAUAAUUUAAGAUGGUUUAUGGAAAUAUUUGUAAUUACUUAUAUAUAGUCAGAGACCGUAAUAAGCUUUUCCCAUCAUAAUAUAUUUUUGUAUACAAAUAAAAUUUAAACUGGAAUCUGUA